UCGCGGCUUCAUUCAAACGGAAGGGUUUCAGUCCUGUUACUCAGCACCGGGCGCGGUAACGUUAUCAUCGUCGCAGUGACUCGCUGCUGCUCUGAGAUCGAUCAGGUGAUGGAGAUUCGGAUCAGCGCUCGGCUCGGAUUCAUCUGCUCGGUUCUUCUGCUUCACUGUGUCCACGAAACCUGUGCGGCCGUCUGCAGUCAGGAGCAGUUCUGCUGUGCUAACAGGAAGUGCAUCACGAGCCGCUGGGUCUGUGAUCAGACGGACGACUGCGGCGAUGGAAGCGACGAGCUGCUGGAGUCCUGCAGACAGAAGAAGUGUUUGUCGAGUCAGUUCAGCUGCGGCGGGCGUCUCAAUCAGUGUGUGUCCACCAGGUGGCGCUGCGACGGGAAGUCUGACUGUGAGAACGGCGCAGACGAGCAGGGCUGUGUGUUGAGGACCUGCACGGACGAGGAGUUCCGCUGCCGCAGCGGUCAGUGUGUGUCGCUGUCCUUCGUGUGUGACUCUGACUCUGACUGUGAUGACGGCAGUGACGAGGCGUCCUGUCCUGUGCCCACCUGCGGCCCCGGAUCCUUCCAGUGCAAUAACUCUGUGUGUGUGCCGCGGCUCUGGGCCUGCGACGGCGACGCUGACUGCACAGACGGCUCAGACGAGUGGACACAGAACUGCCCAGGUGGCACGGGUCAGAAGCCUCGGACGGUCUGUCGCGAUCACGAGUUCCUGUGCUCCAGCGGGGAGUGUGUCCACGGCAGCUGGAGGUGUGACGGAGGCAAUGACUGCGCAGACGGAUCAGACGAACACAACUGCACUGUGUCCACCUGCCGUCCAGAUGAGUUCCUGUGUAACGACGGCAGCUGUGUCCCGGGAAUACACCAGUGUGACGGGAAACCUGACUGCUGGGAUCACAGCGAUGAGACGGACUGCACCGACACUAACAAGUGCGACACUAACAACGGCGGCUGUUCCCACACGUGCAGUGACCUAAAGAUGGGAUACGAGUGUGUGUGUCCGGACGGAUUCCACCUGAUCAACCGCACACACUGUGAAGACGUGGACGAGUGUGCAGACGCAGACAGAUGUACUCAGAUCUGCAGAAACCUGCCGGGCAGCUUCAGGUGUGACUGUGAAGAUGGGUUUGAGCUGGAUCACAUGACCAAAGACUGCAAAGCAGUAACCGGGUCCGGUGCGUUCCUGCUCUUCAGCACGAGGCACGAGGUCAGGAAGAUGGAGCUGGGCAGCCGGACGUACACGGCUCUGAUCCGCCGGCAGAAGAACGUGCAGGCGCUGGACGUGGAUGUUCACAACAACACCAUCUUCUGGUCUGACAUGAGCCUGAAGAAGAUCUACAGCGCCGCGGCCGCUGACCCCGCCCACCCCAGCACUGUGAUUGACAGCCGGAUCUCCCGCCCCGAGGGUCUGGCGGUGGACUGGAUCCACGGGAACAUCUACUGGACGGACGGCGAGCUGCGGACGGUGUCGGUGGCGACGGUAGACGGCAGCAAACGCAAGACUCUGGUGAGCGAGGGCCUGCAGAAUCCGCGCGCCAUCGUGGUGGACCCGCAGCGCAGCUUCAUGUUCUGGACGGACUGGGGCGAGCCGGCGCGGAUCGAGAGGAGCGGUCUGAACGGUGCGGACCGGACGGCUCUGGUGACUGACCACAUCGCCUGGCCCAACGGCGUCACGCUCGAUGUGCUGAGCGGACGGCUGUACUGGGUCGACUCCAAGCUGCACACACUGUCCAGCAUCAGUGUGAACGGAGCCGGACGCCACACACUGAUCCAGGACCAGCACACACUGCCUCACCCGAUGGCCCUCGCUGUGUUCCAGGAGAAAGUCUUCUGGACCGAUGUGUCUAAUAACGGGAUCUGGAGCGCCAGCCGUGUGACGGGACGAGACGUGGCUGCUGUGGUCGAGGAUCUGCAGUGGCCCGAGGACAUCGUGCUCCAUCACAGCCUGAGACAGCCGUCCGGAAGGGACUGGUGUAGAGACGCUGAGCUCAACGGUGGCUGUGAGUUUCUGUGUCUCCCGGCGCCGCAGACCGACACACACUCGCCCAAAUACACCUGCGCCUGUCCUGAUCACCUGACCCUGGCCGCAGACAUGAGGACGUGUGUGUCAGGAAAUAAUGCAGAACAAGAUCUGGUUUCCAGCCCUUCCCAGCAUCCCAUGGUCCUGUACAUCACACUCAUCGUCGCCGUGUGUCUGCUGGGGGUCAGCAGUGUGUUGCUAUGGAGACACUGGCGGCAGAAGAACACUAGCACCAUCCACUUCACCAACCCAGUGUACCAGAAGAAGACGACGGACGACACGGUGCACAUCUUCAGGAGCCCCAGUCUGGACGGAUACUCACAUCCAGCGUGUCAGAUGAUCAGUAUGGAUGAAGACGCAGCCUGAUGCUCCUCCAGAAGCUCAAGGUCACUUUAAUGCUGCUCUGAAACCGUCAGCCGAAGGAAACUCUCGUCCUCAUGUGUGAAACGACCCCAGGAUCAGGCUUGAACUUUUAUUCUGCCUGUAUGAUAUAAGGAAUGAAGACGCACACACACACACACACACACACACACACACACACACACUCCUGUCUAAGGUACAUCAUCACAGGUGAAGAGGAGAUCUCAAACAAACAGAGACUCUUCAGGAGUUUUGUGAUUCGUGAGUUUUGAAGAUCCUCUUCUUGAAGGUAUGACUGCUUUACGAUAUUUAAAUGAUCUUUGUUAAUAUUUGCUGUCAUUGUCUCUCUCUUCUUGCACUAUACAUGUUGCCUCACAGACUUGAUGUAUGUUUCUCCUUCAGACGCACUUGAACAGUCUGUUUGACUUUGUUUUGAUGAAGUGCUUGUACGUAUGAAUAAUGAGUAAUAAUGACUUGUUCUGUUACUGCUGCGGUUCGUCUGCUCCGGUGUGUAGAUUGAGUUUAAACCUGAUGGUGCCUGUGCAUUAUGUGUCAUAAUCUCCCGCUCUUAAACUGGCUGCUAGAGGCUGGCUAUAACAGAGAGUCCGUCCCAUAGACUCAUCAUGUCUCUACAGCAGAGAAUACAUGUUUACAGCCUGGUAUAAUUAUUAUUAUUAUAACUCAUCAGUUUAAAGGAUCGGAGCGUUUUAUCACUCAAACAUCUGCAGGUUUGUCUCUGUACAUACUGGCCUUUAUCACACCGUCUUAAACCUUUACACACACCGUCUUAAAGACUUUGUUAGAAGAAAACUAUUAUUUAUUGUGUGUACAUGUGUGAUUUUGCUUUGCUUUAUUUUUUUAGAUGUAUUGUUUGUUUAUCAGAUGUGAUUAUGAAAUGUCCUCCAGAAAUGGAUGUGCACUACCGAGGGAAUGAACCUGUGUCAUUCAGGGACUUUUAUAUGUUUAUGAAGGAUGGAGCGUGACUGUGAAGGAAAGCUCUUGAAUCUUGAAUCUGCUGAUGGGUCAUCUGAGGUCAGUCUGGUCAGAUGAACCCGUUCCUUCACCUCAGGACUGAUGUACGGUGAUCUGAAUGUUCUUCACGUUCAGAGAAACAAAUGACACCCAAAGAAACAACUCCGUUGUUUGUAAUAAAUCACAUGGUGAACCCAGUAA